CUUUCAUGUCUGCAUGGAAAAGAGAGGAGACAGACACGGAGAGGGGCGGGAGAAGGUGGCAGCCGGCACAGAUCCUGGGAGGGGUAGGGCCAAGGAGACUCACAUCACAGCCCUCCUCUCACACACACACACACACAGAGGCAUUUCCAGCCGCCGCGGCUCCUGCUAGCAAAGCAAACUCCGCCAGGUCCCUUCUUGCAAAGGAGCGUCCUUGGCUCCCCUCGGGGAGGAGGCUCGGAUCCCGGCUCUCCCCGGCCCCGAGCGCAGGGGGGCGGCUGAGCGAGGCUCGCUUGUGCCAAAGCUCGCCCUGGACUGACUCCCUCGGCUCCCCUGGGGUCGGGAGCCGUGGCUGGAGCAUCUGGAUCCGUCUCACUUCAGGGUAGGGGCUGAUGCCGGACACGACAACUCCCCCUGCUGCGGCUUUGUGCGGGAGUUUAUUUUUUUAGCAAAUCGCCUUUCCUGCAACGUUUUUGAUUUUUUGUUUUGUUUUGCUAGAUCCACCCCCCCCCCCGGACUGCUAGAUGCGGGGUUUCUCUUAAGUUUGCAUCAGCGGCCCCCCCCCUCCAAACAACAGAUCCGCCGGAUCAAAGGACGAGCCCCGGGGCACGAGCUCUGCAUUUGCUUAUUAACUGCAACCGGGCAGGGGGGGCGAGGCGGCCCGGACAGACAGACCGACGGACGGCGGAGAAGCCGAGAUGCAGCCGACAGGGGCGCCUCUCUGCCUCCUUCUGCUGUGCCAGCUGUUCCCGGGCAAGGUUUCAGCCCGCCAAGGCUGCAAGAGUGGACGCCUAACCUCCCUUGGGGGCUGCUGUGACCUCUGCCCCCAGGGCUAUGGGGUGGCUGUCCCGUGCGGCAGCUCAAACACGGAGUGCGAGCCCUGCAGAGAGAAUGGGACGUUCUCCUCCAUCAGCAGCGCCACGGAGCCAUGCCAGCCGUGCUCACGGUGCCCAGAGCACGUGCCGGUCGUAGAGGCGUGCACCCCCACCCAUGACACUGUGUGCGCCCCCCAGUGCGCCCCCGGCCACUACCUGCCUGCAGAGAACGGGAGCAGCAGCCAAUGCCUGCCUUGCCAGGUGUGCGGGCAGGGCUAUGGGGCAGCUAUGCCGUGCAGGCCUACGGACAACACUGUCUGCCAAAAGUGCCCGGAGGGCUUUUACUCGGAGGAGAAGAGCUACGCAGCGCCAUGCCUGCCCUGCCGGCUGGAGUGCAAUGAGGACGAGGUGAUGAUCCGCGCCUGCAGCCCAGCGUCGGACACGCUGUGCAUGGACAGAGAGCUGCAGAUCCUGAAGCGCACGGAGGGGGACCCCCGCAAGGCUCACCCCAAGAAGCCCCCGCUGUCUGAGUCAGAGGGCAGCGCCUCCCCCAACAACUCCUCCGAGUUCCUCCCGCCGGUGCCGGACAACAGCAAGAACAUCAUCCCCGUUUACUGCUCUAUCCUGGCCGCGGUGGUGGUGGGGCUCCUGGCCUAUGUGGCUUUCAAAUGCUGGAACACCUGCAAGCAGAAGAAGCAGCUGGCCAAAGCCAGGGCUGGGGAGCUGGGGGCCUCCCCCGAGGGCGAGAAGCUGCACAGCGACAGCGGCGUCUUCCUCGACACGCACAGCCUGCAGGAGCACCACCCACUCAACAAGGCGCACAAGGCUGAGCCCCGGCUGUACAGCGCCCUGCCACCCAAGCAGGAGGAGGUGGAGCAGCUGCUGGAGAGCUCCAGCCACGGCAAAGACUGGCGCUGCCUGGCCAGCCAGCUGGGCUACGAGGACGAGGCCAUCGACACCUUCGGCCGGGGCGAAGCCCCCGCCCACACCCUUCUCUCCGACUGGUCCGCCAAGGAGGGGGCCACGCUGGAGGCCCUGUGCGCAGCCCUGGCCGGCAUCGAGCGGCCGGACGUGGUGGAGAACUUGACCGGCCCCACUGAGGCCAGCUCAGUGGUGUAAUGGCAGGGGCAAGCCAGCAGGGAGAUGCGCCCCCCCACGCGAGAACCGGACUCGCCAGGAAUUUUAAAUGGCAACAAAAAAGAAAAGGGGGGAGGGGAACAAAUUUUGUUAAUUAUAAGGGAACUUUGAAAAAAAAAAAAAAAGCAACGAAACAAACAAAAAAAGCCAUGGAGCAGCGGCCUUUGGAGGGACCAGGUGGCGCACCAUGAUGGGACUGGCACGUGAGCCCAGCGUCCCCUACCGGCGGCGACCGGACCUGCGGGUACCACAGGCUGUGGCAGCAGGGGAGCUAUGCCUUAAUAUUAGGGCAGCCUCUUUAGCACCAAUGGACGGGACCUGGGAUUCUGGGGCCAAAGGCUCUGGGUCCUCUCCCCGCUUGACCAUGGGCUUGGGAGAGAGCUAGCCCCUGAGGCGAGCGGGUGGGUGAUGCCUCACAGCCUGGCAGGGAGAGAGGCUGGCGUUGCUGGAGAGGGAGGGGAGUUUGUGGGGAUGGGUUCUCUGCCCCUUUGACUCUGUCCCGUCUGGCCUGGUGCAGCUCCCGCCUUGUCAUGUGGUUUCCUUCCGUCACGUGGCCAUUGUAACCCCUGGGGAUUAACCAUGGGCUUUCCCCUUCCCUGUGCGCCAUCUGGAAGAGCCCUCAGCCAUACAGGGAGCCUGUGGACCCUGACCUGCCAGGGCCAAGCCAUUCACCCUCCCCAUGCCUAGGGGUUGCUCGCAAAGGACGGUUCCCAGAAUCCUUUAGGGUGCUGCCCUUGGGGUGGGGCCUCAUGG